AUGACUACGAUGCAGGAUAGUCAUGUGCAGUUGAAAAAGCUCCAGGAAUUCCUUUCAUCAAAAGAGCUCAGCAAUGCCGAACAUAUGACACUCAAACAGAAGCUGGUGUACAUUCUGUCAUCCAAGAAUUUCAUGGAAGAGAUUGCAAAAAGCUUACUUACUGAGGCGGAUGGCACACAAGAAGACAAAGAUGGAAAUCCCGUGAAAGGGCCGACAUUGAAUCGUGAAAUGCUACUGCUGCUUCCGCCCAAAGAUCGUGCGGAAGUGCAAAAGAAGUUGGAUAUGUAUGCGAACAUAUUGAAAGAGACGAUGGAUGCAUUAAACGAGGAAAAUGGCAAGACUCAGGAGGAGGAUGCAAAGAAGCAGGCUUUAAUUAUCAAACAGCAGCAUUUUCUGGCAUACUAUCAGCACGUAUUUGACGAAAUGAUGAGCAGGUAUCAGGAAGGUGGAUAUGACUCGGAGAAAAAGCUCCAGGAGCGCGAUUCGAACCCGGGUAGCGCCAAUAGCAGAAAUGUUAGUCGAAUAACGGCAGUUAUGGAUGAGGACGACGACGAAGAUGAAGAUGAAGAAAUAGAGGACAUGGAUAUGGAUGAGACGAUUCACAGUGCUCCGAACAACACGGAAAUAGGCGAUAUCAGUGAGGAAGUGGCCCGGGCCACGGAUGAUUACAUAGAGCAGAUGAUGAAGUUUCUGAAGCAAAGCAAGAAAUUCGACAGUUAUAUGGAUGGAACAGCUUUUAAAACAAGCACUCCGGAAAGACAGAGCGGGUUGCAAGUGAUUGAGGAUGAUGGCAGUGAUGAUGAUGAUGAUGAGGUUAAUGGAGAAAACGAGGGAAAGAACGAGGGACAGUGUGAAGAUGGGAAAGAAGAGCUGGAUGUGGAUAAUGUAGACGUUGAUAUUGGCAUAGAUGAUGAAGAUGGGCAGCAGGGUGGUCUUCCAUCUUGUAAAGUGACCUUGGAAUACGACAAGAACGGUGAAUUAGUGAGCACGGGCUCGGGACCCGGGGAAGUGCUCAAAAGAAAGCUUAAUAGGGAGAUAAUCAAGGCGUUGGAGUCGUUCAAGAUGGAUUAUUCGAUGGAAGAUGACAUAGCAGAUGCAAUUGUGGACUCGUUUAGGAAGAACCACGGCUUUUUGAAGAACAUGAACUCUGCAGCUUUGCAAGCUAUGAGUGAUGAGCGGGAGGAGAAGCCACAAACUCCAAAGGAGGAGAGUUUGAAGCAAGAUAAGGAGAAAAGCGAGCAGCCGAGUGUAAAGAGCGUAAAAAAACGGCAGACUGAGGUGAGUCAGGCUGCCAAAGCAGAGAACAACCAUGAAAAAUCGCAGAAAAGCGAUAUGAACGGGAAUGUGAAUGCAGCAAAGAGCGAAAAUAAGGACAGGAGCAAAAGCGUGGCCCAGAAAAGCGGGAAGUCCGGGAAGAGCAGAAAGAAGAAGAGGAAGAAGAAGAAGAACAAGGCAAAGAAAGAAAAUCACACCAACGAUAAGCAGCACGAGAUUGCAGACCCGAACUCAACAUGGAUAUGCGAGUUCUGCGAGUAUGAAAAGGUGUUUGGUGAAAAGCCGUAUGAACUGAUGAAUUGGUUUGACAAGAAAUUGGAGGCUUUGGACAAUUCACAAAGUUACAGAAGAAGAAAGCUCCGAAAGGCUAAAAGUAGAAGAGCCAGCGAGAGAAAUGGCUCCGUUUCCAGAAACUCUUCUCGAGGAAGCUCAUCACCGCCACCACCGCCACCAGGAUCGCCGCCAAAGGAUAGGCUACCGGUUGGUGGGGAAUGA